AUGAGCGGGAUGGCGGAGCCGGUUGGCUGCAAUACGGUUGGGACCGUGAGCUUUUUGUUCGGUCUCGUCGGUGGCACGGGCAGCAGCAUCGUCAUCAAGAUGCUGUACCAGAUGAGCUCGACGGAUGUCGCGGGCAACGAGCGCCACUUCGAGAAGCCUCUUUUCUUGACGUUUAUCAUGUUCGUCGCCAUGUCGGCGGCGCUGCCCAUCUACUACGUGCAGCAGCUCCUCAAGGCGCCAGAAGAUCGCCCCCCCAAGGUCCCCGGCCGCGUGCUGGGGUGGCUCGUGGUGCCUUCGAUAUUCGACCUUGCGGGGACGAACUUCGCGCAGAUCGGGCUGCUCUUUACCACCGUGAGCUACUUCCAGCUGCUGCGGUGCACCGUCAUCGUCGUGACUGCCUUCCUGAAGGCAUUCGUGCUGAAUCAGAGACUGGCGGCGUACAUGUGGUGGGGCGUCGCGAUCAACAUCGUGGCCAUGGUGCUCGUGUCCGUCACGAACUUCAUCGCGCCGGAAGACGCCCAACCGGACGGGGCCAACAACCCGGCCCUCGGAGCCUUCUUCAUCCUCCUGAGCUGCAUCGUACAGGGAAGCCAGUACAUCUUCGAGGAGAAGGUGAUGGCGGUCGACAACGCGCCCCCCCUCGUGGUGAUCGGGAUGGAGGGGCUCUGGGGCACCCUCAUCAUGCUUGUCAUCUUCCCGAUCGCCGCUGCCCUGCCCGGCAGAGACUUGGGCUCCAUCGAGAACACGCAGGACUCGUUCUACAUGGUCUCGCAGAGCAACACCAUCCAGCUGAUGCUGCUCAUCUUCUUCGUGACUAUCACCACGUACAACAUCUUCUGCAUCUACGUCACGGCCUACCUCAGCGCGAUUUGGCACGCCAUCCUUGAUAACUUCCGGCCCGUGAGCGUGUGGAGCACGGACCUGGUUAUCUACUACAUGAUCACCAACGGCAGUUUCGGCGAGGCGUGGACGCAGUACUCGUGGCUGCAGUUCUCCGGCAUGAUGUAA